GCAGAAGAAGAAGGUGGAUCUGAGGGACCUACUGGCCGUCUCUGUGAAGGCAGCAGAACUGGGAGGGACAGAGGUGAAGAAAGUGCAUGAGGAUGACACUCUCGAGAAGAAGUCAAAGGGUGAGACAAAGGAGGGAGCCAAAGAGCUUCUGACUUUAGGGGACCUGCAGUCUCACAGGAAGAUGUUUAACCUAAUAAAGAACACGUUUCCUGAAGUCACGAAAACUUGGUAAAAUAUGUGACCACCAUGGUGUGUGUAGCUGUAGACGGUAAACCGGUUGUUGGGGUCAUCCAUCAGCCCUUCACUGGGUUCACUGCCUGGGGGUUUGUAGGUCAGGGAUCAAAUUUACAGGCCAGAUCCUCCUACAGUAUCUCCCCGCCUAGAGUGAUCGUGUCUCGCUCCCACUCUGGAGAAGUGAAACAAUUUACCCAGAAGGCUUUUGGAAACACAUCCAUUAUCGUAGCUGGAGGAGCUGGAUACAAGGUUCUGUCUCUGUUGGAGAUGCCUGCAAAUGAAGCUAAUUCUAUGGAUCAAGCAGAUCUUUAUGUCCACAUCACUUAUAUCAAGAAAUGGGACAUCUGUGCCGGUGCAGCGCUGCUGAAAGCAUUAGGAGGACAGAUGACCACUCUGAAGGGAGAGGACAUCGACUACAGUGGAGCUCCACUCAACAGAGGAGGCCUGCUGGCCAGUGUUGGUGUGGAUCAUAUGGCUGUGAUGAAGAAGCUUCCAGAGUUUGACCCUGAAAAGCACUGAGAGACACAAACACUGAGCCAUCCCCUCUGAACAUCACAGACCUGUACGCUUUCUGACCUCUGGACAGACGCUGACAAACUCCUGCAUUCAUUUCCCAGCCUGGAGGGGCGGUGCAUCAUCAAGAACUCACAGUGGACAUCAGUCGUCACCACGUCUCCUCCUUUCACACUCGGAGGACAGCAGGACUGGAAUGUGAAACUAAACUGGAGAAAAGCUGCAAACCCUCAUCAUCAUCAUCACGUGGUGUUUUUGGGAUUGAACUGAACUCAGACGCUGAAACCAUCGCAGAUUAAUGUUCGAGACCUAAACUCUGUACAGCUGAGUUUAAUGAGAAACCUUUUUCUCUUUCCCGUUGUUCAGCUGAUAAACUCCUCACGCUGUCUCAACUCAAACUCAAGUACAGUGAGUUUAAAAAGAUUGUCGGUAAUAAUAAUUUCCAAGCCAMGACAAAGCCCAGAGAGAGCUAACCAAGGAAAGCAAUCAAACAAUAUUUCAUUUUAUUUAAUUAUUGARGGGGAAGCUUUUAUUUUAACUGAGUUUUUAUCUGGUCCGGUCUUCUGUAGCUGUGACCACGUUCUUUUUCUGGUCACUUUUAAUUGUAAAAACGAAAUAAAGCACAACACAACUGAAAGAUGUGUGUUAAAGAAGAAACCGUGAMGAGGAGGAGGAGGACGUUCAGUAAAUACAAACCGUAACGAGUCUAUUCAUCUCCUCCCACAUCUAAAACUCCUGCUGUGAAACCACACUCAAGAUGAGAGCCUGUAGUUUUAUAAUCUYAUCUGCAGUCUACAACUCUCCAUCAGAAACAGACUGAAGAGGUUUUAAAAAAGAGUUUUGAUUAGUUUUCUCUGCACCACCACAGCUGGAUGAGCUCGUUUCAGCCGACUCUCUCCUGCUCUGUAUUUGUGACGAGUCAAACUGGUCUUUUUCUGUUAAGACGGUAAAAGUUAUAAAAAGCUUGAGUUUUGCUUUAUUUUCCAGCUCGUUGCCACAGUUUAUGAUUUAUAUAUAUACAGUAUAUAAAAGCUCUAUUGAGGUUAAAUAGUAAAAUCUUUCUUCGCAGAUUACAGUGGGUUGAUGAUGCAGAACCUGGUUGAUAAAAUGACUAAUCUGGAGAUUGAAGCACUUUCAGUGUAAUUAAAUAUGUAAGAUUUGAGUGCCUUUUGAUUUAGAAGGGAGAAAAACAUUGAUGCCAACAACUUUACAUUUAACUUGUGGAAAACUGAACAGACAUAAACCAGGUUAUGAAGUGAGUUAUGAGCCAUGAAUGGUAAAUUACCCACCAAUCGUUGGUUUAUAAAACAACCUCUCCUCUGGGAGCGUAAUUAUUUAAUCUGGACGUCAUGUGGAGCAGACGUUUGGAGCUACAGCUUGUUUUAGACGCUCAUCUGCUGGACAAGAUUUAGCAGUGUUCUCAUACCUGGGAUUAUAAUUUGUUAAAAAUCAAGUUUACUCAUGCUUAGUCCUUUUAUUGUCCGUUGCAUGGCUAAUCUUAAAAUGAUCUCAUAUUUUUGUGUCUACCUCUCCACCCCGGGUUGAACUGUUUUGAAGUUGGAACACGUUUUGUAACUACUGAGGUAAAAGAUUUGAACACUGUCAGUAACUGAAUGAGGGGGGUUGUUACUAUAAUGGCUAAAAAAAACCCAACAACUGUGAGAUAAUCUGACUCAGCACAAACUGGAAAAGAUGCUGAGGAGAAUGGAGGCAGAUAAAAAGUGGACAUGGUUUUACACUCUGUCCUGAGGUUUCAGCUCGUUUCAUAAACAGCCUGCUCUCUGACUCCCUCAUGCUUCUGCUGUGAAUUUCCAAUAAAACGUGUCUGCAUGGUGA